GCCCCGCCCCCCACAGUGACACGGCUGGCGCGGGCGGGCCCGUCCCCCCUGCCCCUGGGUCGCUCUUUUUAAGCUCCCCUGAGCCGGGGCUGCGCUCCUCUAAUUGGGACUCCGAGCCCGGGCUAUUUCUGGCGCUGGCGCGGCUCCAAGAAGGCAUCCGCAUUUGCUACCAGCGGCGGCGGCGGCGGCGGAGCCAGGCCGGUCCUCAGCGCCCAGCACCGUCGCUCCCGGCAGCCCGGAGCGCGCACCGCAGGCCGGCGGCCGAGCUCGCGCAUCCCAGCCAUCGCUCCUCCACCUGCUCCAGAGAGAAGGGAAGAUGAGCGAGUCGAGCUCGAAGUCCAGCCAGCCCUUGGCCUCCAAGCAGGAAAAGGACGGCACUGAGAAGCGGGGGCGGGGCAGGCCGCGCAAGCAGCCUCCGGUGAGUCCCGGGACGGCGCUGGUAGGGAGUCAGAAGGAACCCAGCGAAGUGCCAACACCUAAGAGACCUCGGGGCCGACCAAAGGGAAGCAAAAACAAGGGUGCUGCCAAGACCCGGAAAACUACCACAACUCCAGGGAGGAAACCAAGGGGCAGACCCAAAAAACUGGAGAAGGAGGAAGAAGAGGGCAUCUCGCAGGAGUCCUCCGAGGAGGAGCAGUGACCGCGCCGCGCCGCCCGCUCCUUCGCCGCCGAGGAGCAGUUUCCCUCUGGGACUGGACAGCGCCGCUCCGCUCCCCCCGCCCCCCCCUUCCCCAGGCCCACGCACCGCCGCCACCCACCUGCGCCCUCACUACCACACUACACAGCACACCAGCCGCUGCGGGGCCCCAAGGCCCGAGUGGGGAGCAGUUUCCUUUGGUUUCCAGCGAGCCCUCACCCACACGCACACUAGCCCUUCCAGACAAAGCCGACUGCGCACCUCUCCGCACCCUGCCCCUUCUGCGUCCCCGUGCUCUGUGGUGGGGACGUUGCUGACUGGGCUCUUGGUUUGGGGGGGGUCCCUUCUGCUUCCCCAUUCUUCUCUCUGGCUUCCCACUAAGGGGACUGGGAGGGCUCCCCUGGCCUUAAAAGGGGCCUGUGCCCCGUCUCAUUCUGAUCUGCCCCACUCCACAGCACUGGCAACAGUAGGCAUGGCCAAUGGGGGGGCGGCGCUCGGCCCCAGGAUGCCCACCCCCCUAGCGGCCUGUGUCUAAGGUGCGGCUCACACCCACUUUCCUUCCCUCCUCCCUUGCCUGGUCCUUGCUCUAGGUCGGACAGCCACCUUUGGGCACAGGAAGGAAGGCAGGAGGGGUCUGAGCCCCCUACUCUAAAUGGGCUCCAGCCCACCCCCCCCACCCUGGAAUCUAUUGCCGUGAGGGAAACACAGUCCCCCUUUCUCCAGGUGAGGUCCAGGAGGCCCAGGUUCCCUGCGGCAGCCUCCUCAGGUGGGCUGGAGCCACUGCCCAACCCCAUCCGCUUCCACCCUAGGCCUCAGUUUCCCCUUUCCUCACAUGGGGCACUAAUAACAAGGAGCUAGCCUUGCCCACUCCCACCCUUCUGCUCCUCCCCACCCCCCAAGGUUCUGGUUCCAUCUUUUCCUCUGUUCACAAACUACCUCUGGACAGUUGCGUUGUUUUCGUUCAAUGUUCCCAUUCUUAGACAUCCGUCAUUGCUGCUGCGACCAGCGCCAAAUGUUCAUCCUCAUUGCCGCCUCCUGUUCUGCCCACGUUCCCCUCCUCCUGGAGGCUCUUAGGGGAAGGGGCCCGGGGCAGAACAGGCUGGGUUACCGACCACCCCAGUCCCAGGGAAGGUGGGGCCCUGCCCCUAGGAUGCUGCAGCAGAGUGGGGGGGGGGGCCUGUAUUGACCGUCGAGGGUGUAGGGGCUACCUUCUCCCCCCUGUUCUGUCGGGGAGGAGGGAGCCAUUAUUUGUCCCAGCCUGGGGCCCCCCCAUCUGGUUUCCUAUUUGCAGUUACUUGAAUAAAAAAAAUACCUUUUCUGGA